AUGUGCUCCAGACAGACCUCCGGAGGCUGCCAUGAAUCGUCAUCCCAGUCCAGCGGAUGCCACAGCGGGGGCUCCGGCUGCCACGGGGGCAGCUCCUCCAGCUACCAGGCACAGGGCUCCUCCUGCUGUGGAUCCUGCUGCAGUGGGGGCUCCUCAGGCUAUGGCAUGGGAGGGGGGUCCAGCGGUGGCAGUGGGGGAUCUGCCCAGAAGAUCAUCAUUAGCUCAGGUGGUGGAGGAGGUGGCUCAUCAGGCUGCUGCGGUGGGGGAUCCAGUGGUGGGUCUUCAGGAGGCAAGAUCAUCAUUGGAGGUGGAGGCAGUGGCGGGUCCUCUGGAUGCUGCAGUGGAGGAUCUAGCUGGGGUGGCAUGGGAGGAGGAUCCAGUGGUGGGUCUUCAGGAUCAAAGAGCAUCAUUGGAGGAGGAGGUAGUGGAGGAUCCUCUGGUUGCUGCAGUGGAGGAUCCAGUGGUGGGUCCUCAGGAGGCAAGAUCAUCAUUGGAGGUGGAGGCAGUGGUGGGUCGUCUGGCUGCUGCAGUGGAGGAUCCAGCUGGGGUGGCAUGGGAGGAGGAUCCAGUGGUGGGUCUUCAGGAUCAAAGAGCAUCAUUGGAGGUGGAGGCAGUGGAGGAUCCUCUGGAUGGUGCAGUGGAGGAUCCAGUGGUGGUGGAGGAUCCAGCUGGGGUGGCAUGGGAGGAGGAUCCAGUGGUGGGUCUUCAGGAUCAAAGAGCAUCAUUGGAGGUGGAAGCAUUGGAGGAUCCUCUGGAUGGUGCAGUGGGGGAUCCAGUGGUGGGUCUUCAGGAGGCAAGAUCAUCAUUGGAGGUGGAGGCAGUGGCGGGUCCUCUGGUUGCUGCGGUGGAGGAUCCGGCUGGGGUGGUAUGGGAGGAGGAUCCAGUGGUGGGUCUUCAGGAUCAAAGAGCAUCAUUGGAGGUGGAGGUAGCAGCAGAUCCUCUGGAUGGUGCAGUGGGGGUUCCAGUGGUGGGUCUUCAGGAGGCAAGAUCAUCAUUGGAGGUGGAGGCAGUGGUGGAUCCUCUGGUUGCUGCAGUGGAGGAUCCAGCUGGGGUGGCAUGGGAGGAGGAUCCAGUGGUGGGUCUUCAGGAUCAAAGAGCAUCAUUGGAGGUGGAAGCAGUGGUGGGUCGUCUGGCUGCUGCAGUGGAGGAUCCAGCUGGGGUGGCAUGGGAGGAGGAUCCAGCGGUGGCAGCGGAGGAUCUGCCCAGAAGAUCAUCAUUAGCUCAGGCGGUGGAGGUGGUGGCUCAUCAGGCUGCUACAGUGGGGGAUCCAGUGGUGGGUCCUCAGGAGGCAAGAUCAUCAUUGGAGGUGGAGGCAGUGGCGGGUCCUCUGGAUGCUGCAGUGGAGGAUCCAGUGGCAGCAGUGGCGGCUCCUCAGGCCAUACAAUCAUCAUCAGCUCCGGAGGGGGCAGCGGUGGGUCCUGCCAGUCCAUGCAGCAGAAACGCCCUAUUGUCAUCCCCAGCAUCCAGUCCCACCAGACCAAGCAGGCCUGCCACUGGCCCCCCAGCCAGCAGAAGUAA